CAGCCACUACUAAGGUCUUCUAACGUGUUGGUCGUAUGUGCUGUCCACCCAUUUAGUAGUAUCAGUAGUAUGGGCUUGGGAGCGCUGUCGAGCUUGGUUGGCUUGGUAGUGUUGGCCACAGUGGUGUUGGCAGUGCUGGGUAGUUGGUGAGCUGUUUGGUCAAACUUGUUCGUGGACAAGGGACGAAAUUUGCUGAAGUGUGCUGGGUGUGCCUGAAAAAUGGCGCAUACGAACACAUCAUCGGUGCUGCCCGGACUUUACCUCGAGCUCAGUCGGCACGGGAAGAGUGGAGAGUACGACCGAGCCCUGAAAGUUUGCGACAAAAUAUUGCAUGAGUUUCCGACUGAAGAAAAAGCACUGCAAUGCAAAGUGGUGUCCCAUAUCCAGUUGGGAAAUUUCAAGGAUGCGGUCGACGUCAUCAAUAAAAACGCGAAGAAUAUCGGUGACGUGACAUUUGAGAAAGCGUACUGCCUCUACCGACUGAACGACAUCAAGGAAGCGUGGAAGCUUAUAAAUAGUACUGCCAGUCAGAGCUUCAAAGUUAAAGAGCUCAAGGCACAAGUUCUCUAUCGGCUUGAGAACUACCAAGAGUGCUUCGAAGUGUACAAGGAUUUAAUCAAGAAUUCUGAGGACGAGUAUGAAGAGGAGCGCGAGACCAAUCUGGCUGCAGUGGUUGCAUGUCUGACGGCGCAGCUGGAACAAGAGGUCAAGGGGGCCCCCGAGCUCAGGGAACACACGUACGAGCUGUGCUACAAUAAAGCUUGCAUCCUGCUCGGACUUUCCAAGUAUGCCGACUCGCUCAAGAAGCUUUUGCAAGCUGAAGAGCUAUGCAAAAAAACACUGGAAGAGAAUGAUGACCCGGAGGAAGAAAUUGAGGACGAACUUGCAAUAGUAAGGACUCAGCUAGGCUACACAAAGCAGAAGCUUGGCCAUUCUGACCAAGCAAUGAAACUGUACAACCUUGUCUUGAAACAGCGGCCAUCCGACAAUGCAAUUGCUGCAGUUGCUGCUAACAAUAUAGUUACUGUGAACAAGGACCAGAAUGUCUUCGACUCGAAGAAAAAGAUGAAGAUGGCUGUGUCCGAGGGCCUCGAAAGCAAGCUGACCUCGCAGCAGCGGAGGGCCAUUGCACUCAACCACUGCCUCCUCCUCUACCACACUGGCCAGGCAGAACAGUGUGGCAAAGCCAUUGCUGCCUUCGAAAAGAACUUUACCAGUGCGGGCGAUGAGGCCAUCCUUCUCAAGGCUGCUGCGGUGCACUGCAAGGAGAAGCAGCUGGAGAAGGCGGUGCAGCUCCUCAAGGACUACGCAGUUCGCAACCCGAGCCGGUCCCAGGCGAUAUCCUUCACCUUGGCCCAGCUGUUGUUGUCGCAGGGCCACAUCAACGAUUGCUGCGACAUACUCAAAUCCCUUGGCAACACCACCUACCGGUUGGGCGUCAUUGCCGCUCUCGUAACCUUGUACAAGAGUCUGGAAGACAAGGAGGCGGUCGCCGCCAUCUUCGCAGAUGCCAUCGCGUGGUACAAGAAAAAUAAGCCGCGCUCAUCGGAGCUGAACCUUGUGACGCGGGAGAGUGCCAAGUUCCACCUGGCCAAUGGCCGGGUUCAGGAGGCGGCCAACAUGCUGGAGGAACUGCGCAAGGCGGACCCGCAUGACCCCAAGAUCUUGGCCCAACUCAUCUCGGCCUACUCUGCCUUUGAUCCCAAGAAGGCCAAGCAGGUGAGCAUGGACCUUCCGCCAGCAGAGGAGAUAACGCGCCAGGUGGACGUGGACACGUUGGAAACAACGUCAUGGACUAUGGGCGUGCGCUACGUCAAGAAGGUGACCAAGGCAGAGGCCUCGCCAGCGAGCCGGGCCCAGGACAUUGUCAAGAAGAAAAAGAAGAAGAAGAAGGGCAAGCUGCCAAAGAACUUUGACCCCAACGUGGAUCCGGAUCCAGAACGCUGGUUGCCACGGCACGAGCGGUCCACCUACAAAAAGCGCAAGGACAGAAGGGGUGCUGCCAGUGGCAUCGGCAAGGGGACUCAAGGAGCUGUUGGAUCAGCUUCAGAAGUGGAUGCCACGCAGAGGACCACCCAGCUGCAGAGCCCUGCCCCCGGAUCCCAGCCAUCGCCCGGCGCACAGCCACAGCUGGGACCCAGGCAACAGAGACCGCUGCCAGCACAGAAAAAGAAGAAGAAAAAGGGUGGGCGCUGGUGAAGCAGCGCAAAGCGCAGUGCCCGAGUUUGGGGCUGGUGGCUGCUCAUAUUACCGUCAAGCCCUGCAGGCUGUUUUUUUAUAAACGGUUUUUGAAUUCA